UAUUAAAUGUAGAAUGAAAUAAUAACAAUAAAAUAUAAUGACAGAAGAUGAGAAAUAUGUGCUCUUUUUCAAAACAAUUUAAUUUGUUGUUGUUUUAUGUUUUAAGGCCCCUGCCACUAAAACAGGGGGUACUUUAGAAGACCAGAUUCUUGAAGCUAAUCCUGCAAUGGAGGCUUUUGGAAAUGCCAAGACACUGAGGAAUGACAACUCGUCCCGUUUUGGUAAGUUCAUCAGGAUCCAUUUUGGACCAACGGGGAAACUGGCUUCCGCUGACAUUGAUAUAUAUCUUCUGGAAAAAUCCAGAGUGAUAUUUCAGCAGCCUGGAGAGCGUAGUUACCACAUAUACUACCAGAUCAUGUCACAAAAGAAGCCUGAACUUCUUGACAUGCUUCUGGUCUCUUCAAACCCCUAUGACUACCAUUUUUGCUCCCAAGGUGUGACAACGGUGGAGAAUAUGGAUGACAGGCAGGAGCUUAUGGCUACUGAUAAGAAAUCUCUCAUCACCUCUAAAACCAAAUGA